AUGGUUCGGGAUAUACGCUCUGGUGAGUACUUCAAUGCUGGCCAUCAUACUCUCCGUGUGUUAAACUGCCGUGAGCGACUUCAUCGGCCCUAUUGUCUCAUUGGUAGAGAUUUGAUCAAGGCUUGGUGUCUCGUAUGCGUUGGCCUCGACUCCGUUACCCUGUCUGGUCGUUUGGUAUAUGAGGCUACUCCUGUAUCGACACAACUACCGGCUGCGCCCUCCCUCGCUACCAUCUAUCUGGUGGACGACACUGACCCGAAGUCAUUGGUAUCGCUACCCCCGGUGGUAGCUCCCCCUGAUCCUCCUACUCAACUAUGUAAUCAAGACAAAAAACUCGCUCUCGAUAUUCUCCAAGCACUGGUUGCCAAAGGAUGGCGUGAUCUUCCUCUGUCGAGGGGUUAUCGCUGUCGUAUCCGAGAACUGUGCCCGGUCGAGCACCUAGACUCUCCACAUCAAACACAUGUUGGUGAACUGUUUUUACCCGCGUCAACUCUAUCGACAAGGCCAUCACUCAGGAACUUCGCCACUCCUCUCUUCAAGCGACUGUCUCCUGACCUCAAGGUCGCCUAUAACUCGAUGAUAGAAGACUACGUCACCAAGAAGUGGUGGGUAUCGGCUCCAGCGACUACGACUGUCAGCCCCACCCCAGCUGCCAAUGUUUUCCUGAUCAAUGGUUCCAAGCGACCAAGGCUCGUUUGUGAUUUGCGAGCUUGCAAUGCUGCUCUACCUCGCGCUAGCUCGCGCAACCCGGACUUGUGGAAAGUACUGUCUAUCAUCCGCUUGACUGGUCCAUCAAUAAUCGUUGGCGCCGACAUAUCUUCGGCGUUCUACGCCAUCAGAAUCAGUGCGGAGUCUGGCACUACCCACUUCGUGCUGCACACAGCGCUUGGCACCUUUUGGUCUACAAGGUCAUUGUUUGGAACAAGUAUAGGUCCCAGCUCUCUGAGUGGCACACUAGGAUCGAGUGUCGAGGCUGUCAAGAACUGCUCAUCUGUUUUGCAGUCACCGUCAGUGGUUUCGGUGGUCUCGAAUCAUAGCGAUCAUGGAGAUACGCACACUCGUUACCCUGUCGACCUCACCUCCAACCUCCAGUAUUUUGCUGAUGAUAUCGUCUGCUCCGGCUUCAUCUGCACAAUUAUCCUCCACCUCAUGGCUAUCUUAUUACAGGUCUUGGUCUUUCUGGCGUUUAACUGCCAGCCCAAGAAGUGUGCCAUUUUGACGACUGAGGACAAUCGUCAGGAGGCCGAGAAGACAUGUAAGCAGUUUGGCCUACUCUUCCCUAUAGCUGAAGUUAUUGGAGUGCUGGGCGUGGUCUUCUCCUAUACAGCAAUCUGUGGUGGUCUUCCAGCACGACUAUGUAUGAGCUGUGAUGCGGCUUCUCGCAUGGCGAAAGCUAUGGACUUCCUGAAGAAAGAUCCGGUGUUGGCUCAGCGACCUAGUAAGAUCGAUAUUUUCGCGGUCGGUGGUAAGCUUAGCUUCGACCAGGGACGGGUCCAUGGAGAACGAAGGCUCAUCAGUGAUCUCUUGAAGGUCAUUAUUGCUAGGAAUUUCCCUAGCUCUCCUUGGCACCAGCACUGUGACUUGACGACUAUGCCUUCGACCGAGCAACAGGCCUACGAAGCGGUGGUGCUGUGGGCAAGGGAGGUCUGUGAAUCGUCUUCGUCAUGUCGUCAUCUAUCCCCUCUUCGUUCUAAGGGGCAAUCUGAGGUCACCAUUAUCGUUGAGACCGAUGCUUCGCUCUAUGGCGGCGCUACGGUGGUAAGGAUAGACGACGACAUUAUCCUUCAAGAUGUGUAUCGUUUCUCGGCUCGGCAAAUCUCCUAUUCAUCGAAUAGGAGAGAGCUACUGAUGUGCUUACAAGGCAUUCGUAGAGCGGCUGAGUUGAUAUCCUACCAUCGUACCACUCUCACAGCCCUCACGAAAUGCUCACACCUCUUCUUUAAUGUCGACUUCCUUACCGACAACAAGUCUAGUUGUAGCUGGCUGUCCAAUGAUGAGGCUGUACUGAAGCUACAGAGCUCGAAGAUUCUUGAGCGACGCGCCAUCAUACGACUCAUUGACUCUAUCUCAGAGGAGCUUAAGGUCAUCAGGCAGUAUGGUCGGUUGUCGCUAUCACACUUGGCGGGUGCUACUAACCACUAUGCUGACUCAGCCAGCCGGUUGUUGGACCGGCCUGUCAAGACGGGCACGACAACCACUAGAUUGGGUGAGCUUUUGGCUGCCUAUAAGAAGUCUGAUAACCUCAAGCCAUCACAGUUGAUGGGGUCCGACAAAGGCGAGUGUGCCGGAGAGCAUUGCUGCUGGGCGGGGUCUAUCUCUCACGAUGAAAUACGGCUCAUGGUCAACGCCGCGUCUGCACCAGCUAUGUCCCUUCGAGAGGAUCUCCCAAGCAUCUCCCACGAAGACCUGGAAGAGCAAGAGAGGGACUUAGAAGGUGACUUUGACUCCUGCUGCUGUCUGAUAGAAGAUGAUGACCCUACCGGAGGUAUAGCAGCUUAUGAUCGUCAACCAUUCUCUAUGAUAGCGUCUAUAACCUCCGGCUCAGAUGACUUUUGUGAGGAUGUUUGUCGUGCCGUUGAUUGCGUCCUUGCAAUCCGUGAUGACCUCGGUCAGAACCCCCCAGCGCCUCACCCAACGGCAGAGCCAUUGAUCGAAGCAAUUGCCCGUGAUUCAUGGGAUGUCGACUCCGUACUAGACCGAGUCCAUAUACUGCGAUUGGUUCUCUCUGUCCUGCGGUCUAAUGCUCAAGCUCCUAAUGCCACUGUCCUGGAGUGCGAAUGGAACCAAGCUUGGAAUCAAGAGGAUGUCUUAUGCGCUGCUCACUCAGCACAGUUCAACUUGGUUAACGGUAAAUCUCUACACGAUAUCAAGACCAACAAAGGAUGCUCCUGGGAUGUUAUCGACCCAACUGCCCUCUCCAAAGUCUUAGCCUACCGAUGUGGACUGCCGACCGGAGAGGUGGUGCUGCAACCGUGGAUCCCAUCGGCGAACGUCCACUUCAUCAAGAAGGUUGUUCUUUCGGCCCAUCGUAGCUGCCGUCAUGGGUGUCUCCCUACGACUUCAUCCAGGGUGAAGCUCUUCCAUGUGCAGUCUCUGAUACGCACAGUCAAAUCGGUGAUAAACGACUGUGUAACAUGCAAGAUACUACACUCUUCUAGGACUUGGUCAGUUCCCUGUGGUAUGGGCGACACAUCUGCCGAGGACAUGUUUAAGUUGGCGCCUUACAGCUAUGCAACGUGUGAUGUCCUAUCGUUGGGAGAUCAUUCCAAACUGCUCACGGUACAGUGUAGAGCAACUCGGCAUAUCUGCUGGAAACAUCUCGACGACGAUGGUGAGAACAUCGACAACAUCAUCAGAGCACUUAAGAGGGUGAAGCGAUGCGUGGGAGGUCUCCGUUAUCUAUAUACUGAUCAAGCGGGAUACUUCAGAUCGGACAAAUUCCGUGUGCGACUUCUACAAGAACUUCGAUGUGAACUCCGACUACUACCUCGCUAUUCCCCAUGGGCGGGGUCUAAUGAGCGCCACCAUCGGACCGCUCUUAAUAUGCUACGGGCUCUACUCAGACACGACGGUGGCCGCGUGGGUAACUUGACCCCUAGCCAACGCCAGGACAUUUACGACGAGGUCACUCUGCUACAUAACUCACUCCCCAUCGGUGUCUACACCCUUCAAGGAGCUAGAGAGAUUCCACUAACGAGUGACAUGCUCGCUUUUGGUCACACUCGAGCUGAUUCCUUCACGGAUGUCAGCACCUUGAGAACGAUGGCACCAUGGAUUCCCUAUAAGGUUGCCCGCCGGGCUCGUAACAUCUACCUCAGCCACAUGUGGUCUAUCGUUAAGAAGCGCAACUCCGAGCUGAGGCCGGUCAACAAGCGUCUUGGGGCCAAUCACGACAACGACCCCUUUUCCGUUGCAUCGCCAGUACUGGUCUACACUGGAGUACCGCGUAAGCUGGCACCGGCAUUCACACUAGGGCAUGUGAAGGAGAGAGUGAGCACUAACCGUGUCCGUAUCAUUCACCCCAACGGUACUACAAGUAUCGAAAACCUUCGCAACGUGGUCCCUAUGAUUCAGUAUGAUCGCGAUCCUCCCCAACAAGAUGAUUUGCCUGAUGAGUGA